AUGACGUCUCCUACACCUAGCCCAUUAGGGUCCUCCUCAGAUUCAACCCUCGCGCGCCCGCCUAACAGCCGGCCCAACUCCAGUGAAGGUCCAACAUCAACCCUCAGCCCGCCCCAAGCUCCCGGCCAAGAUGCGUAUUUAAGUGGCGAAAGUACUCGUGCAGCAUCACCGGUAGGAAACGAGAAGAUAGAUGCUGCAGCAGAAGGUACUAGUAGUGUCAGGGAGGAGCCUCUGGGACAGGACGACAUGGACUAUCCCACAGGGUGGCCCUUCACUUUCAUUGUCGUGGCUCUGGUGCUCAGCAUUUUUCUCGUGUCGCUCGAUAUGACAAUCGUGGCAACCGCAAUUCCCAAGAUCACCGACGAGUUCGGUGGGCUAGAGGAUGUCGCGUGGUACGGCUCUGCCUUCUUCAUGACCGUGGGCGGCUUCCAGUCGACAUGGGGCAAGGUGUUCAAAUACUUCCCGCUGAAGAUCAGCUUCUUGAUUUCCAUCUUCAUCUUCGAACUCGGCAGCUUGAUCUGCGGCGUGGCACCCAACUCGACGGCGCUAAUCGUGGGACGCGCCAUUGCUGGCAUCGGCGCUGCGGGCAUCGGGUCGGGCGCCUACACCAUCAUCGCCUUCACGGCGGCUCCCAAGAAGCGGCCGGUCUUCACGGGCAUCAUCGGCACCGCCUACGGGAUUGCCGCGGUCAUCGGGCCCCUGAUCGGCGGCGCCUUCUCGGACCACGUCACCUGGCGGUGGUGCUUCUACAUCAACCUUCCCAUCGGCGGUCUGUCGGGCCUCAUCAUCCUGCUGUUCUUCAAGACGCCCAAGGGGGCCAAGCCGGUCGUCGCCCCGCUCAGGGAGAAGCUCCUGCAGAUGGACCUGGUCGGCACGGCGCUCGUGAUGGGCGGCGUGAUUUCGUACAUUCUAGCUCUGCAGUACGGCGGGCAGACCAUGCCGUGGCGCAGCGCGACGGUCAUCGGCCUGCUCGUCGGCUUUGUGCUCAUCUUCGUCGUCUUCGGCUUCUGGGAGGCCUUCAACGGGGAGCGGUCCAUGAUCGUCCCGCGCCUGUUCCGGCACCGCGACGUGUGGGUGUCGUCCAUCUUCAGCUUCCUGUUCGCAGGCUCGUACUUCAUCGUCAUCUACUACCUGCCCAUCUAUUUCCAGAGCAUCGGCAACUCAAGCCCGACCGACUCGGGCGUGCGCAAUCUUCCGCUGAUCCUCGCGGUCACGGUGGCGACCGUCGUCGCCGGAGGCUUCAUCUCGGCCACCGGCAUCGCCGCGCCAGUCGCAGUCGGCGGAGCUGUCCUCGCCACCAUCGGAUCCGGCCUGCUGUACACCCUCGACAUCGGCACUGGCACUGGCAAGUGGAUCGGGUACCAGAUCCUCGGUGGUUUUGGAUGGGGAGCCGCGUUUCAGGUGCCCAUCAUCAUCGGCCAAGCCACAGCCGCACCUGAUGACAUGUCCUCCGUGACCGCCAUCGUUCUCUUCUUCCAAACCGUGGGCGGCGCCUUCUGGGUCUCGGCCGCGCAGUCGGCCUUCAUCAACACCAUGCUCAACCGGAUCGCGACGUCGGCACCCGACGUCAACCCGCUCGUUCUCCUGGGCACCGGCGCGACCCAGAUCCGCCACGUGUUCGCGCCCGAGCAGGUGCCCGGCAUCCUGAUCGCGUACAUGGCGGGCAUCAAGACGGCGCUGGCGCUGGCUAUCGGCGCGGUUGGUGUUGCGUUCGUUUUGAGCUUGUUUAGUCACUUCAAGAGGCUGAACACCGAGGCCUUGAAGGGCGCUGGCGGGGCGGUAUGA